CUUCACCCUCCCUCGCCACCACGGUUGCCGCUCCCAUUUCCGCGCGGCGCAAAAACUUCCCCCUCAAAAAAUUUCUGGUCGCGUCGGUGCCAUGGCGGCGGUCGCCUCCGCCUCCCCGCUCCCCGUGGCGCGCCGCUCGCCGGCGCCGCCCGCCUUCCUCCCCCUCCGCGCGCACCGCCCCCGCGUCGCGUGGCAGGGCACCGUCGCCACCAGGAGGGUUUUCCGCGCCGAGGCGAUGAAGGUGCAGCGGGAGAAGGAGAAGACCGAGGUGGCCGUCGAGGAGUCCUUCCCCUUCAGGGACACGGCUCCUCCUGAUGGAGCCGACGAGCCGCUGGUCACCGCCGAGGAGAGCUGGGUGGUUAAGCUCGAGCAGUCGGUGAACAUUUUCCUCACGGAGUCCGUCAUCAUGAUACUUGAUGGAUUGUACCGUGACCGCAACUACGCUAGAUUUUUCGUAUUGGAGACGAUUGCUAGGGUGCCGUAUUUUGCAUUUAUAUCGGUGCUUCACAUGUAUGAAACUUUUGGCUGGUGGAGAAGAGCUGACUAUAUAAAGGUGCACUUUGCUGAGAGCUGGAAUGAGUUUCAUCACCUCUUAAUCAUGGAGGAAUUGGGUGGCAACUCUUUAUGGGUUGAUCGUUUCCUUGCACGGUUUGCUGCAUUCUUUUACUACUUUAUGACAGUUGCGAUGUACAUGCUGAGCCCGAGAAUGGCAUACCACUUUUCUGAAUGUGUUGAGAGGCAUGCGUACUCAACCUACAACAAGUUUAUUAAGCUCCAUGAAGAGGAGUUGAAAAGGCUACCAGCUCCUGAGGCGGCUUUAAACUAUUACCUGAAUGAGGAUCUUUACUUAUUCGAUGAAUUUCAAACAGCAAGAGUACCAUGUUCUAGGAGACCUAAAAUCGAUAACCUAUAUGAUGUAUUUGUCAAUAUACGAGAUGAUGAGGCAGAACAUUGCAAGACCAUGAAGGCCUGUCAAACACAUGGAAACCUUCGCUCUCCUCAUUCCAUACAAAACUGCUUAGAAACUGAUACCGAAUGUGUAAUACCUGAAGAUGAUUGUGAAGGUAUAAUGGAUUGUGUCAAAAAAUCCCUUGUGAGUAAAGAGUGACCGACCAUACAUUAUAAGGCAUCAUAGUCUCAUAGAAUAGAGUUUUGAUCAUUCGGUUUCUUUUUCUUCCAAAAGUUAGUAAACAGUAUAUUCUUUACGUCAUUGAUGAUCCUUCAGAAUAGGCAAUAUGUAUUCCAAUAAAAAUAUAAUAUAUUCGUGAGAUAGAUGUUGUACUGCAAGGUAUUGGGUUCAGUGUGCUGUGGUUCUAUGAAACGCUGGGUUACUUGCUGCUUCGUAUAUUCACAAAAUCUACUCUGCGAAGGGCUCAUGAUCAGCACAAUGUGAAUUGGUGAAGGCGAGAGGCAAACUGACUGUAGUAUUGAAGGCCGCAAUGCGAAA